GAUGUGGCCUUUUUUCUAACAUGGAUGCUAAGGUGGAGGCACCACCUAGUCAAACAUCCCAAAAUCAUCAGAUCAAGCCGAGUGCAACACUUCCCACGGCUUCCUCCUGCAGCAACCUUGACACAACGGCUAACUCACACCAACAGAAUUACUUUAGCUUCUCCUUCAUUGACCUCCUCGCCGCGACCGGUGAUGUACCCUUGAUUACCGACGGUGGUGGCAACAAACGCAGUGGUGGGUCGUCGUUGUCGGAUUGCAUUGCUGAGACCAGAUCCAAUGUGCCAAAGUUCAAGUCGAUUCCUCCUCCUUCACUGCCUAUCUAUCCUCCUCUUGUUUCUCCUUCUUCUUGUUUUUCCAUCCCUCCUGGAUUGAGUCUGGCGGAGCUUCUCGACUCCCCUGUUUUGCUGAGGGAAGAAAUAACGAGAGAGAAAGACAGAAGAGGCGGAGGAAGCGGUGUCUCUAUCGUGCUUAGCCUUGGAAAGAGGCCAGAGCUUCGGUUGUUACGUUGCUGUUGUGCCUGGGUUCGAAAGAACCUGCGCCUAGGUUCCAACGAACCCAAGCGUGUUGGGUGCAAAGGAACCCAGUGCAUGGUUCUUUGGAUCCCAGGCGUGGGCUCCUGGUCAUCAUCUUCGGCAACAAAAAUAAUCCUCCGGAGAACGAUCCCAUUAGAGGUGGAAGCGGCGGUGGGGUUGUGGGAAGGGGAGCGAGGGGGGAGGAGCAACAGUAGAUGUAGGAGGCAGGGAGGAUGGGGGUGGAUUAAAGGCCAAGGAUUUUGUCUCUCUUUGAUGGGGAUUCAACAAGUCUUAGCAGUGAGAAGGGGAACAUACAGGGGUGAUGAAGGUGUUGACCAAGUUUCUGGCCAUGGAAGAUUUCGAUCUUAUGGUGGAAACAGUGGGGGUUGGGGAAAAGGAGUGGUGUAUCUUAGCUUACCGAUCUGUUUUGCUUUGGACGACAAGCCGACAUGGCUAUCUUGCCCUAUUAACGAUGGGUGAGGAGGAAGGGGUUUGGUUGGCUUUGGGAGGAAUUGGGAAUUGUUUUGUCAAUGGUGGCUAAGGGGUGGCCGGCGACGGCGACAACUUUUUUCUGACAAGGGCUUGCAUUUCUCAGUGGGAUUGCUUGAAUUGGAUUUUUUGGUGAUUGGAUGGAACCUGGCAUGCCUAGGUUCCUUC